AAGCAAUAGCGGUUCUAGUUUAGCAUCUGUGUCAAGUGAAGGCUUGCUGACUGCGAAUUGUGAAAAGUGCCGCAAGGGUAAAAAAGCUAAAAAAGGGAAAGAGUCGGAAGUGAAAGUUAAGUCAACAAGAACUUGGUCUGUUAGUGUAGCAGAUUUCUCUAAGGCAGAGUGUUCAGCUCAUUGCUUGUCAGCAGGAAAAUUAUCAGCCUCAACAUCUUUAAGUGAUCCGUUAACAGGUAAACUUGAGGAACGCGGUAGAGAUUUAUUAAGGUCAAUAAAGGAGAGUCUCAGACCAAGUACACAAGCACAGUCCCGUGCUGAAGUCGGAACAUAUCGCGUUGCUACGGGCGAGUUUCAACUUCAAAACUUCCUCCCCCCACCGCCGGAGCUGAAUAGCUUACGGCGGCAUACACGUGCUAAGAAGACGGGCUCCUGUGCUAGUAGUAGUGGGCGGCAGUCUUCUUCACUGUCUAAGCGUCAACAGCAAGGGCGAAGCAAUCCACCAACGGCUCAAGGCUCUGGGUCAUCUGUGGCAGCUAGUUGUAGUACCAGUGGAGGAGGUGUAGCCAAACCACUAUCAGCACUUAUGUCGGACAGUGAGAACUCCGUGUCUGGAGGGGGAGGGCCGUCAAAGACCCCUCAAGAUGAUAACACUCAGUCAUCUGGGCUUACUCCUAGUAGUGGAGGUGCGACAGCUAUGACAUCGGAGAGUGAAUCGGAAGAGGCAGAUAUGGGCAGACUACAAGCUUUAUUGGAAGCAAGAGGGCUGCCCUCACAGUUGUUUGGAGCUCUGGGUCCCAGGAUGCAUCAAUUGUUACAUAGAACAAUGGGUAGCAAUAGUUCUAUGAACAAAGCCCAACAAUUGUUACAGGGUUUACAGGCCACAGGGAAUGAAGAUCAACAGCUUUCUGCUGUCAUAGAAAUGUGUCAGAUGUUGGUAAUGGGGAAUGAGGACACAUUAGCUGGAUUCCCAGUGAAGCAGGUUGUUCCAGCGCUAAUUACCCUGUUACAGAUGGAACAUAAUUUUGAUAUGAUGAACCAUGCUUGUAGAGCCCUCACGUACAUGAUGGAAGCCCUACCUAGAUCCUCAGCUGUUGUUGUUGAUGCUGUUCCAGUUUUCUUAGAAAAGUUGCAAGUGAUACAGUGUAUGGACGUGGCAGAGCAAGCAUUGACAGGUCUAGAAUCUUUGUCUAAGAAGCAUAGCAAGGCUAUUUUACAAGCUGGUGGAAUUGCAGCUUGCCUGAUGUUUCUAGAUUUCUUCAGUAUAAAUGCCCAGCGUUGUGCCCUAGCUAUCACAGCAAACUGUGUCCUUAACAUGACUAGUGAUGAGUUUCAUUAUAUCCGUGAUUCUGUACCAUUGUUGAGUGCCAGGCUUACACACCAGGACAAGAGAUCAGUGGAAAGUGUAUGUCUGUGUUUUGCUCGCCUGGUGGACAAUUUCCAGAAUGAUAGAAGGAUUUUAAAGGAGAUCGCAGUACAGGGUCUACUUACUAAUAUUCAGCAAUUGCUUGUAGUGAGUCCCCCAGUGAUCAGUACUGGAACAUUUGUUAUGGUUAUCAGAAUGCUGGCUAUCAUGUGUGGUAACUGCCCAGACCUUGCUGUAGUCUUACUGAGACAAAAGGUAGCUGACACAUUAUGUUAUCUACUGGUGGGAACAUCAGAAGAGGCUACCAAGAGUAUAGAGCUUGUAUCUAGAACACCACAAGAACUUUACGAGAUUGUCUGCUUGAUAGGGGAGCUGUUACCAGUGUUGCCAUCAGAUGGUAUAUUUCAGAUAGAUAAUUUAAUGAGGAAAGGAUCACUGACACAUGUUGAUGCUGUCAUAUGGCAGUGGAAAGAUGACAGAAAUAUGUGGCAUUCUUAUUCUCCAAUAGACAGUAAAAUUAUUGAGGCUGCCCACCAAUCAGGUGAAGAUGAAGUCAGUUUGUCUACAAUGGGCCGAGCCUAUACAAUAGACUUCAGCACAAUGCAACAGAUCAACGAAGACACGGGCACUGCCAGAAAUGUACAAAGGAAACCAAAUCCAUUUGCAUCUACAAAUGCUCAGUCUAACUCUGGAUCUAGUUCUGAAACAGAUUUGGAGCGUUGUGACUCUAGGGCGGAAGUAUUGAAGGAGGAUGCUGGCCUUGCCUCGUCCUUUAUCAAAACAUUGUUUGCUGUCUUGUACGAGGUGUAUAGCUCAUCUGCUGGGCCUACAGUACGACAUAAAUGUUUGCAGACAUUAUUACGAAUGAUAUACUACAGCAGUGCUGAUCUCCUUAAAGAUGUUCUCAAAUCUCAACCAGUCUCUAGUCAUAUUGCUGCCAUGAUGGCAUCCCAAGAUUUGAAAGUUGUGGUAGGUGGGAUACAGAUGGCUGAAACACUGAUGCAGAAACUGCCAGAUAUAUUUAAUGUUUUCUUUAGACGAGAAGGUGUAAUGCAUCAGAUGAAGAAGUUGAGUGAGAUAGACCCGCAAGCUGUGACCCCUGUAAAGCCACCACAACCCCAGCAGUCACCUCUAGGCUCUGGUUCCCUGGUGAGCAUCAGUAGUAGUGGUACCAGCUGCAGUUCUGGUUCCACAGACGUUGAUAAGAAAGAUAUGGACAUGUGUUUAAGUAUGGCCGAGGCGUCCUCUAAUACUUCGACUGAUGAUCAUGAAACGGGUGCUACACAAAUGAGACUCAGUGAUGUUUUAAAGAGAAAGAAACCUCCAAAAAGACCUGCAAGAAAAAGUAACAAGAACGAUGAAAGUCCAGAAGUAGACAAAAAAGCAUUAGGUGUUGGCAGAUCCAGUCGUAGUAAAGGUUCCUCCAAAGAGAAGAGUGGAAGUAGUUCAUCGUCGAAAAUGUCUUUCUUGCCGAGCUUGAACCCACGGAGCUGGGGCAAACUUAGUAGUUCAUCAUCAUCCUCAUCUUCUGAUAGACCUCUUUUAUCCAAGUAUUCUAGUCUGAAACCUGUUCAACCUGCAUUACCAAACAACAAAGACAAGAUUAAAACUUGGAUAAAAGAACAAGCAACACGGUUCCUGGAGCAGUAUUUCUCUGAAGAGAUUCAUCCAGGAAGUCAUCCUGCACUGACAACAUUGAACAAAUUAUGUACAGCUACAGAGAAUCUCAGUCUAGAGGAUGAUGUAGGCAUGGAAGCAUUACAGGACAUAUCUGUGAUAAUGAAAGAGAGCGAUGUCUCUCCAUUUGAGGUGAUACACAGUGGGCUGGUGAAGAAGUUGUUGACAUAUUUAACGUCUAUGGACGGGUCAGUGCCACGAGACGUGAGAAUAAGACGGUUUCUCCAUGUCUUCCUUAACUGCCCUUCGCCAGACAUUAUUCACCUUAAGGAGAUGAACAUGCCCGACAGUGAGGUACCUUGUACAAUGUUACCACUUGUACAAAAGUUAAUGGCAUGUUUACAUCAGCUAGAACAGUUCCAGGUCAAAGUUCAUGACCUCCCUGGUGGAAAUACAUCGACGGGGAGAGGCUCCAAUGCUCUCAAGUUCUUCAACACACAUCAGCUAAAGUGCUUGCUGCAAAAGCAUCCAUCUUGCAAUACAUUGAAGCAGUGGAAAGGUGGUCCAGUGAAGAUAGAUCCUCUAGCCCUGGUUCAAGCAAUAGAGAGAUACCUUAUCAUGAGAGGUUAUGGCAGACAAAAGGAUGCUGAUGAUGAUAAUAGUGAUGAUGACAACUCGGAUGAAGACUUAGAUGAUACCAUGGCUGCUGUAUUUAUAAGUCAAGGUCAAGCACGACACAGACUAGAGUUCCUGAUAGGAGAUCGAGUAUUACCAUAUAAUAUGACAGUAUAUCAGGCUAUAAAACAGUACAGUAACUGUACAGAUAGGGAGGGUAGUGAGACAGACACUGACACCGAGAACCCCGUAGGUCAUGCUAGUAUCUGGGUACAGACACAUACAAUCUGGUAUCGUCCUGCCCCAGAGGGUGAUGACAAUGUAGUGACAAGCCCGAAGAAAACAAAAUCAGAAGCGAAAGCAGCUAAAUCAAGUCAUAAACGAAAAUCAGAAGAUUUAUGGACUGAUGGUAAUUGUCCAGUGAUAGUGCCAGCAUUAAAUGUGUAUUUGACGGAGAAAUUGCCAGCAUUUGUUACGGUGCAAGAUGCUUCACUUGAGGUUAUUGCCUUACUCCGAAUACUACAUGCAUUUAACAGAUACUGGUCUACAGUGUAUGAGGUGCCAUCCUAUUAUGCCAAGCCAAUUUUAUCAAAGUCAGAGUUUAUCAGCUCUAAAUUGAUGGCAAAGGCAAAUAGGCAGCUUCAAGAUCCCCUUGUGAUAAUGACAGGAAAUUUACCAACAUGGUUGGCAGAAAUAGCAGCUGCUGCACCAUUCCUGUUCCCAUUUGAUACUCGCCAGUUGCUGUUCUAUGCAACAACAUUUGACAGAGAUAGAGCGUUGUUAAGACUACAGGAUAACUCUGUUGAUACCACUGCCAAUGAUUCUAGUGACAGAGUUGCUCCUAGAUUAGAUAAACGAAAGCGUAUGGUUAAUAGAACAGAUUUGCUCAAACAAGCGGAGAAGGUAAUGGAAGAUCUAGCUAGUUCCCGGGCAAUGCUCGAAAUACAAUAUGAAAAUGAGGUUGGUACUGGGUUAGGACCAACACUAGAGUUCUAUGCGUUGGUGUCUAGAGACCUACAGAGAGCUGAUCUAGAGUUGUGGAGAGGUGACGUGAUUGUGGAGAAAGACUCGUCAGGUAAUGAGACUGGUAACCAGUACAUUCAUUCUAAUUGUGGCUUGUUCCCGGUUCCCUUGGCAAGAAACACAAAAGCAACUGUGGUAAAUAAGAUGAAGGCAAAGACAAAGUUUUUAGGGAAGUUAAUGGCAAAGUCUCUCAUGGACUCCAGAAUGCUGGACAUUCCAUUUAGCCGAGUUUUCUUCAAAUGGUUGCUGGGACAGGAGCAUAGUUUGACAUCUAGUGAUUUACAGUAUAUAGAUCAGGUUGUUUCUAAGUCUUUCAAUCAGCUUGAAGAUAUUCUACGACAAAAGCAGAGAAUUAUGGCUGAUAAAUCUCAUACAGAAGAGAGUCGAAGACUGGCUCUAGACAAUCUAACAAUGGAUGGAUGCAGUAUAGAAGAUCUCGAAUUAGAUUUUACCUUACCCGGAUAUCCUAAUAUAGAACUGAAAAAGGGAGGCAAGGAUAAACGUGUUACAUUAGAAAAUCUGGAGGAAUACUUGCAGUUGGUGACACAUUGGAGUCUAGUGGAAGGUGUAUCACGACAGUUUGAUUCAUUAAGGGAAGGCUUCGAGUCAGUAUUCCCUCUUAGUUCUCUACAAAGUUUCUAUCCAGAAGAGUUGGAGUUACUAUUUUGUGGUCACAAUGAGGAAUUGUGGGACACGAAAGUUUUAAUGGAAUGUUGUCGGCCAGAUCAUGGAUAUAAUCACGACAGUCGUGCUGUAAAAUACCUGUACGAGAUACUCAGUUCAUAUACACCUGAUGAACAAAGAAUGUUCCUACAGUUUGUGACAGGCUCGCCAAAACUGCCUGUUGGAGGUUUCCGUAGUCUUAGUCCGCCUUUGACCAUUGUUCGCAAAAGUUUUGAAACAACAGAAAAUCCAGACAGUUUUCUCCCGUCAGUAAUGACAUGUGUAAAUUAUCUUAAACUGCCAGACUAUUCCACAGUGGAGAUCAUGCGUGACAAACUACAUCUUGCUGCUAGUGAAGGACAGCUGUCAUUCCAUCUAUCAUGAUUCAUCAUUCUGUCAAAUUAUAAUAUAAUAAUGAUGUAUUCUUACCAUGUAAAAAAAAAGAAUUGGAACAGAAAUUUAGAUUGUUUUUAAAAUAAUAGAAUAAGCUCCAUUUCUUCACAUGCAAAGGCAAAUAAUUGCAGUAUAUGAUCUUGACGUAGAAAAUGAUUUGAUCUUUUCUUGCUGCGGGAUAGGUUUGAAAAUUAGAAUUUAAUUCAGUUUGAAAUUGAAAGGAAAAGUCCUUAGGAUUCUUUUACGUUACGUAAUUUUGAAUGAAUUCAAAAUGUAAUUGGAUUGUUCUUCCCACUGGUAAUAUUUGUUCACAAACCGGUCUGUUACAAAACUUUGAACUUAAAACAUAUUGAUGAAGCAUUGGAACAUUUUAUUUCCUCUAUGCUGUAGAUAGUCAUCCUAGAAACUUUGUAGAUACUUGUUGAGAAGUUGUCAUGGAUAUACACUCAAUAUAAAGCACCUGGAUGUAAAGUAACACAGUUUGAUUAUUAUAAAAGCAAUUUUUUAGGACUAAUGUUUAUUAAACUAGUUGCGCCUUGUUACCAAUGUUCACCAUUUGUAAGCCAAUCAACUUGUCACGGGGGUGUGUCUCAGUUUGAAGGGAUGUGUUUUGUAUCAAGGGGCGUGUCCUGCAUCUUGCUGAGAAGAUUUUUUUAUUUAUUUCCAAUUAAAAUCAUGCCAGCGUAUUACGACACAAUCUCAAAUAUUUGCCAAGUGAUAUCAUCACUUUCACUUUCAUCAAUAACUGUGUAAACCUGCCUCACACUUGCUUUGCCCUUAAUUUCCAGCAAACACUAUACUGUAGCUGUACAAUUUUUAUUCGAAUAUUGAAACAUUUAUUCAGAAUUUUCUAGUGUUAUUUCUAUUUAGCAUUUGUUUAUCUGUGAAUGUAUCAAAAUUAAGUCCAAAUUCAACAUUUCCUGAGAAGUUUUCAGUUUAGAUUUUUUUGUUAAAGAUUCAGUACAGUCAGACCUUAAGGCUUAUGUGGUAUACACAGAUUAAGACCGGCUUGGUAUAGUGAGAUCUUAACUCAGACUUGUAAUGAUUAAGUGGUAUGUUCAGACAAAACUAAAAAGUCAAAAAUAGUAAUUACCUUGGUAGCUACAUCAAAAAUCAUGUAUAAUUUGUUUGUUUGGUAUGUUCAGGUUGAGGUUUGCUUUACAUUAAGAUUUGCUGCUUAUUAUAUUCUGAUAAAGCCAUGCUGUUGAGUAGCCUCCUAGUAGUUUAAGGGUGCUUGAAAAUGACUUAAUAUGUUUUUGUUAGAAAGUUAAUUUUGAACGCAUCCCGAUAUGGUGGGUAUGAAAGACCAUUUUGUGAGUAGGAAAUGCUUUCUUAGAUGAUUAAAUAGUGGAAGAAAAUAUAAUUGUUUUAUAAAUCUGUUUGGAAAAAGGUUGAAUAUAUAUUGUUGUUAAAUUGAAAACCUAUUUCAUUGUGUGAAUGGGAAUAAAUGGUUCUAUGUAGGUGUUAGAAGUUGUCCACAUCAUAUACAUGUAUAACGAAUUUUGUCCCUGGGUAUACAAUUUGAUGUAAAUAUUCUUGUUGUUAUUUUUCUUUUUUUUAAAGUGAUUAAUGUAUUUUUGUUAAUUUACAACAUAAUAAUCUUGUAUUGAGUUAAAUUUUCUUUUUUUAUUGUGCUUUUUUUCGUUAGAUGUUGUUUUCUAUUUUUUGUUCUCACAUGUUAAUUUAGGUCGGUUUAAUAUGUUUUAUUUAACAAAGGUAUUUAAUUGUAUAGAGGGGUGAUGUAGUUAUUUUAGGAGAAUGUUAAGUAACGAGCAAUAAGUCCUAGUAAGAAAUGUGCUUAACUGUGUAAAUGCAGUCGGAUCUCCGUUAUGAUAAAUAUACAGGUGCUGUCACGAAUUAAACUCUGAAAUAUAAGUAAGAAACAUGUCCUGUUCAUUAUUGAAAAAUGAUAACAGUUUGAUUUUAUCAAGUAAAACAUUAAGUUACAUAUUCGGAUUGCAUUUUGGUUGUUACAGGUAAAAUAAAUCUUGGUUGUAUUACCCUGAUACCUUAAAGGCCCAUCAUGCCUUGGAAAUGCUUUCAAUUUUAUUUUUCAUAAGGUGUUUGUUUAUUUUCAGUGCCCUGGAAUAUUUCCAAAAAAAAAAUAGUUACUCAUUAGCAAGUAGAAAACCUGCGAUUGGUUUUUGAGAGAAUUUAUUUUCUUCUAUGUAUUAAUACAAGAGUGUAAUUUUAACAAUAUUUCAAUGUUUUCCAAAGGCUAUGCUAUGUAAGUGCUGUAAAUUAUAUAGAUUAAUUCUCAUGGAAAUGUAUUUGGUCAUCACUGUUAAAUAAAUUUAAAACUUUGAUGUAUUGAUUUUCUAGUCGAAACAAUUCUACAACAGGGCUGUGUUGAUGUUUUCUGUGAUUGGUGACUUAUCUGUGCCAGGCCAGCCUGCACAUACUGUACAGACUGUUCACUAAAUACUUCAUAUCAAAUAGUUAUACAAAAAUCCAUUAAUCCUAAUGAUGGACAUUUCCAGAUUCAAAACAGGCAAAUCUGUUAUAAGGCUAUCUUUGGGUAACUUUAGGUAUAGAAGUAAUUUAAUAUGUAUAUGUUACUCUGACAAUAAUGUUAAUGAUUAAAUGAAAGAAAAAAGUUUGUUUUAAGUAGCACUCUUAUAAUUUCAUAUAGAGACAUAAGUUAUCCAGUAUAUUCAUUGAUUGAAUGUAACAGAAUUGUUUCUUAUCAUAAUAGUAUAAACAGUUUCUGAGAAAGAAAAAGAACGCAUUUUUGACAACCUUUUCUUGUUCUCCUUUUUGUUUUUUUAUAUUACCAAAUAUUUGUGUUCAAUAUCUUCAAUUGAUCAUUUUUAUGUUCAGUUCAUUUGAUUUAUAAAAUGUUUCAUUCAUUCAUUGUCAUAAUUUCCUCUUAUUUUUCAUUUGAAAGUUUCUUGUAAAAAGAUCAAUAUGAAGUUUGUAUCAUGUAAUUACUUUGAGAUACUCUUCUUAGAUUUUAAAAGAAACUGUGAAGGUUCAAUUCAUAACCAACUAAGUUUGUACUUUGAUUUGUGUUGUUUUUUUUUUUCCUAAAGGCAAGAAUGUAGAUUAGUCAGAAGUUUACCCCAUUGUCAGUAUCAAAACAUUGUGGUAAAAUACCAGUGUCGCAAGUCAUUGUGGUAAAAUAUGGUAGAAUACAGUUCCACUAGUUUUUGUGGUAAAAUACGGUGUCACAAUCAUUGUGGUAAAAUGCAGAAUCACAAGUCAUUCUGGUAAAAUAUAGGGCAAAGAAAUAUGUACUAUUGAUGUCACAAAUCUGAAAACUUAAUAAGGAACAUAACAAUUCUGAUAUAUCUUGAAGCAAUAGUAGAGUUCAAUUCUGGCCUAGAGGCUAUAGGAGUUUCUUUUUAGCUCUGAAUUAUGGCUAGGAAACAUAAUGAUGAUUUAUUUGAAUGCUACUAUAGGUGACCUUGCUAUAUUAGAAUUGUAAUGUUUCACCUUUUAACAUUGAAACCUAGAAAGCAUUGUCAAUUUGUCACCUUAGUGCAGUAACAGGUUUACUCCUAUUUACUUAUAUAUAGAGUUAACUGGUUAUGCACUAAGGUGACAAAUUAUUCCCACAUAUCAUUAUUUCAGAUGUCAAAAUAUGUUAAGUUUAUAAACUGCAUUUAAUAAUUCACAGUUCAGUACAAAUGAAAAUAAAUCGUUUUUAAAGCUACUAGGUUGAAAAAUAAAAUGGGGUAUGGGUGUAAAGUUUAUAUAGAUUUGUUACAGGUUAUCUUGUGUAUGUCUUAAAAUAUGUUACAUGGUGUAGUAGUUUAUGGGUGUUUAUGUAAGUAUAGGAAGAGAUUCAUGUACAAUAUAAUUUCAUCACCUUAGUGCAGUAACGGAAUUAGUUCUUCUAAAUGUUAAUAGGAGUUACAAUCAGUUACUGCACCAACGUGACAAGUGUGUUGUAUUUAUGGAGACUGACCACUAUCACAAAUUUCAUGAAAGAAUCAUUUAUAUUCUCUACUUUAGACUAAAGAAGUUUGCUUGUUUUUCUCUCUCUCACAUCAUUGUAUAUUGAUAUUGAUUCAUCAAUACAUUUCAACUAAUUGUCUGACUGUUUUAAUAUACUGUGUUUGAUAUUCAACAAAAAAAAAUGUUAAUAGAGAGAUAUAAUUAAAGUGAAGAAUUGUGAAAAA